AUGGCUCCUUCGCCAUUGCAACAGCGGAGAACGCAUAAUACACUCUUGUUUCAAAAACUCUUAAAUCUCAGAGAUGGCGCAAGUCCUUUCACUUUGCUUCUGGACAAUUUGGAGCAGAGAAGUGGCAGUGUUAUUUCCAAGACGAAGAUCAUAUUUAUCUCUUUCGCCACGCUUCGGAAGAAGGUCUCUUUUGAGCCUGAGGUCUUCAUAUCAGCACGAUCGAAACCGUUGGCUACUCUUCGUACCGAGAUCCUCUCACACAUACCACUACCGCCUUCAGCGAACACUACUGCCUCUGCGUUAAACACCCUAACCCCUCUCUGCACCCUCCACGCCCCGCACCUAACCCCCUUCCUAACCUCCCUCCUCCCCACCCCCCACACCUCCCUCCUCUCAACCUACCACCUGGACAUCCCCCUCCCACACACACCCUACACCCCAUCCCCCCUCACAACCCUAACCUACCUCUCAACCUCCAUCCUAUCCCUCACGCCCCUCACCCAUAUCCUCGCCCAAAAACGCGCACGAGAUAGAUCCCUCCAGGAACCAACCUAUACCCUCACAUCCCACCCCUCCGGCGCUCUCUUCUCCCUCCCCGUAACCCCAUCUUCCUCAGGGGUCGUCAUCCACGCCGAACUCCGUCGCCGCUCGGGGCGUUCGAUAAUCGACAAUUUCGUCCUCAUCCCCUCACACCCAUCACCGGAGAUUAUACUCCUCGACACACAUCCACUCUACGCUCCUCCCCCACACACCUCAGAAAACAACGAAGAUGAGAACGAAGUCGAAACAACAUUCAACCUCACGCUCACCGAGAAACAGAAGAGAGAUAGGGAAGGCGUUGUACUUCCGUAUUUCGACGCACAGAAAGACGGAGGGGCGAUGGGGGCUGGUGAGGGAGGAAGGAUAUUGUAUGAUAUGGGUGCGGAGGACCGGGAGGAUUUUGAUGAUGAGGAGGAUGAGAUUUGA